UCAACACUUUCCCUAGUCGUGAAAGCAACAUUCUGAAUUUCAAUUGUACAUUGAGGAAGUUUCUUUAAAAUUUCAAAAAAUUAAAAUCCUUUUAAAAUGGUAAAAACGAGACGACCGAAAAGAUCAAGGAGGGACGCCAUGUAUGGUGCACUUAAUAUCGAAGAAGAUCCCGAACUUCACGCCCUUAUACUGAAUAUUUUUCGAAUACUGGAUGCCAUGCCCGAAGCAGGUUGAUGGGAGUCCUUGUUAGGAAAAGCUUCGCACAGGAGUUACAUUAAUUGUCUGAAUCGAGUGAAUUAAAUUUUGUUGGUCAAA